AUGAAACCCGCCGAAAUAUGGCCAAGUCAUCUCAACUUUGUCAGGAUUUGCUUAUUGUGUCUAAUGAUUUGGUGUGUGUGGGUGGUUGAAGAUACACGGCGCUCCCUGUGCGUCAGUCAUGCCUCACAGCCUGUGCACAAUGUCUUGCAGGUUGUCAGGUUGCAUGGAGUACUUUAUGUCCGUAAAGGUAGGAAGAAAAGUAGAUCUGGCUGCGCGGGAAUUAGACCAAAAGUAAAUCUGAUGACGGUGCACGGCUGGUGUUAA